AUGAUGGACAUGACGAGCUUUUCGUCGCGGCGUCCCGCGGCGGGUACGCUGCCCACGUUUUCCCUACCGCCGCCGACGCAAACCUCAGAUGUUCCCCGAGCCAGCGACGGCCUGAGCCCAGGCCUGUCAAGCGUCAACACGGGGAGCUCGCAAGGAUCCCAGGCUCACUCGAGCAACCUUCAGUACACGUAUGGCCACUCCCAGGGCAGCUGGCCGACGCCAGGCAACUCGUCCUACAGCGUCAGUUCCGCCUCGCAGCAUCAGCAAGGUCAGCAGCCACUGGGACAGUCCCCGUAUGGUGGGCGGGCCUCGCUGUACGGCCAGCCGCAAGGCAUGGGCGGCUACGGCGCUCAGCGCAGCUCCCAGUCUCCCGCGACGGGCGGAGACGAGCUCCCCGCGCCACCCUACGACGGCGUCCACCAGACGUUUAGCACCCCGAUCCCCAGUGGAGGCGGUGGCGGCGGUGGCGGACAGGACGGCCACCACAACCUCUCGCCGGGUCAGGGCGGGCCUCAGAGCAACGCCAUGAUGGCGGCGCACAGCUCGACGCAGCCUCCCGCCGCCUCUGGCGCCUCGGCAGCCGUCGACCCCUAUUCGUACUCGCGCCCCCCGAGCACCUCGAGCUACUAUGCCGCCUCGUCGACGCCCCAGCAGUCAAGCUUUUCCUCGUACGCACCGCACGGCACCUCGCCGACGAGCACCGUCGGGUCGCGCAUGGGCUCCAUCUCGGGUCCGCAUCACAGCAUGGCGCCGCCCCCAGCGUCAUAUGGCAGGGCGCCCUACGGCUAUCAGCCCAUGGCCCCGUCCAUGAACGGCCCCGUCAUGUCCAACAUACACCAGCCCGGCGGGCAGAUGUCGGUGAUUCCGGCCAUGGGGAUACCGGCGGGCUACGGAACACAUCCCAUGAUGUACGGUCAUCAUAACCAGCCGCAGGCACAGUCCGAACGGCCAUUCAAGUGCGACCAGUGCACGCAGUCUUUCAGCCGGAAUCACGACCUCAAGCGGCACAAGAGAAUCCACCUGGCGGUGAAGCCGUUUCCCUGCAACUACUGCAGUAAGAGCUUCUCCCGCAAGGACGCCCUCAAGAGGCAUCGACUCGUCAAGGGCUGCGAAACCAAGUCCAACGAAAACGCCGGCGGCGACAGAAUGGACCCGGACCGAAACGGGGACGACGAUGAUCGAUCUCCGGUAGGCAAGGAUGCUUGA